AUGAAUAUAUAUAUAUAUGCAAUAGCUGAUAUAACAAAACCUGAAAACAUAUUAUUCAUGUCACGCAUAUCUAAAGAUAGAUUCUGCAUAUUCUUAUCAUCGGUAGAACUGGUAGACUGCGUCGUUAAUCACCCAACACCAAUAAUUAUCAACGGAAAACCAAUUAAAAUAAGAAAAUACUUCAACCCCGACAAAAGAAUAAUAAUAUCAAACGUAUGUCCAACUAUCCCAAAUGAAACAAUUCAAAGCGAACUCAACAACAUAGGCAUAAACCCCACCAGUCAAAUAAUUCACCUCAGAGCCGGCGUCAAAAAAGAAGGAUUCGGACACAUCCUAAGUUUCCGAAGACAAAUGUUCAUAUCCACAGAAACCACCAUAAAUCUCCCAAACUCUAUACUAAUUAACCACGAAGGAGCGAAUCACAGAAUUUUUUUCUCGAACGAUUCACUAACUUGUUACAUAUGUAAAAAAAUCGGACACACGUCAUCCAGCUGCAACGAAUUCUCAGAAAUAACCAUGAAAAACCAGAUCAAUUCAGAAAAAAUAAACGACACGCACACCUUCGCAACAACAACACUCCAAGCAAGCAACACACAAAUAGAACACCCUAUAGAGAACCAAAUUAAAAACACUGAAAUACAAAUCACCGAUAAUAUGGAAACCGACCCCAUAUCAUUCGUCGAUAACAAAAGGCCCGCACCCUCCUCUCCAACGGUGUCCCGUAACUCUGAGGAAGACAUAGUAAUCGAUAACGAACAAAAUACAGUCGCUACCAAAAUCCAUAAAGACCUCACCUUAAAAAAAGCCAAAAUAUUACGAAACAACACACAAGCAACCAUCGAGCUUAAUACAUUAUUAGAACCAGCAAAACAAAUUUUUAUCAAAAACGCCAGCAAUUUAUCAAUCGGUUUUACGCAAUUCAAAGUUAUAAUAGAAAACGCUCCUACCUGCAAUGAUAAACAAGAACUAUGCGACAAUUAUAAAAUCGAACCCAAUCAGAAAAUUAAAAUAAUUGAACUCGUGUACCCGGUUAUAAACAGCAAAGCUAUUAAAAACCGCUUAACACGAUUGUCAAACGCACUUUUCGAUUUAGACUUACACACAUAUGAAGACAAUGACAAAUCAGAACACCAAAUUAAUUAA